AAUAAACCAUGCUCGUAGAGAACAAGGAUAGACCUAGAUUGUGCAAACUAUGCAGAAAAUCGACGAUGAUUACCAUUUGCAAGUUACCAACCAUAGGCUAUUUUUAAAAUGGAUAAACAGCAAAGCCCCAACAAUUCAUUUCAUUCCAAAAUACAUUCUGGAAGAAUAAUCAUGGACUUUACAGAAUCUUAUACAGACACUUGUUCCUCAGUGGGUAUGGCUGCCCGCAUGGGAGACCUGGGGUGUGUCCAGGAUCUAGUGUGGCAUGGGAAACCAGUUGAUGUGAGAGACAACCGGGGCUGGACACCAAUCCAUGAAGCUGCCUUCCAUGGUCACUCGGGCUGUCUCGAGUUCCUGCUACGCCAAGAUGUGGUGGAUCCAGAAUGGAGGACUUUUGAGGAUGAAACUGCCCUGAUCCUGGCAGCACGAGGUGGUCACUUUGAGUGUGUUCGGACAUUACUGGACUGUGAUGCUGAUCCAACAGCAGAAACUAAAGAGGGGUACACACCUUUGUGGGAGGCGACAAGUGCAGAGAGUUUUGAAUGUGUGAGACUUCUGAUGAGGAAAGGAGCUAUAGUGAGGAUAAAUUAUCAGAAUUACACAGGUUUUACACCUCUCCACAAUGCCGCAGAGCGGGGUUACACCCACAUCCUCGAUUAUCUCCUCAAACACGGGGCCAGACUUGAUAUGUGUGCUGAUGUUGAUAUAACACCAAUAUUCCUAGCUUCACAGUUUGGCCACAAGGACUGUCUCCAAAUCCUCUUACAAACUGCAAGGGAAAAGGGACAAAUGGAUCUUGUUAAUAAAACAACACAUGACCAUGCCACGCCCCUUCUUAUAGCUUCUCAAGAGGGCCAUGAAGACUGCAUACGACUGUUGCUAAGUUACGGUGCUGACCCAAACAUUCCUGUCAACGACCUCAAUGCUGUGGCUGCUCACUUCGCUGUCUACAAGGAUAGACCAAGGUGCCUCCAACUAGUCUUACCAGUGACAAGACAAGAAGUUCUCUUCAAUUCAGUGGAAACCAUGAUGCACCCGUUAAUACUUGGUUUAAAGCUGAAAAAUACAACUUGCCUGGAAAUCCUCAUUGCUGCAGGAUUAAAUGUGAAGGCAUUUCUUCCAUUGAAUCAUGACUUAUUUGAGAUGGACAGACACCUACUGUUUACUGUGUUACAGUAUGAUACCAGUGCCUCUGUGCUCUGUCAGGUGGAGGAGACUUGGCCCAGCCAGGGAAUUGAAUUCCUUCUCCGUGCUGGUCUUCCGUGCAAUAUUCAGAAUCCACAGGAAUUACCUCCCUUGAUUUCUGCUCUAUCGAAAGCAGAUUUUGAUUUGUUUCUGCUUCUCCUGAAGUAUGGUGCUAACCCAAACAUAUAUCAUGAACAUGUCGGAGGUAAUUUACCCAUUCUCCUGGCAUUGAGAAACGACAUGAUACCAAAGCUGAUUGUGAUAGAUAUGGAAACGAGACGCAAUUUGUUUGGGAAAUAUCUGAUUCCGUUACUCAUGGCCGGUGCUAAUGCCCAGUCCUGUUUUAGUGCUCUUAAUGUGGUCACAGAAGAACUGAUAUUCGACCUGCACCAUGUGCUGCAGGGUUCGGUGGAGUGGACCAAUCUAUUUCCUCUGCUUGUGCUACUGUUGUGUUUCACUUGUAAUGUGUCUCUAGACGAAAAACUAUGUGCUUUGGCAGAGCAGUUCAAGGCAGACAAAUUACUGAAUAAGAUUGAAGAUUCCAGUGGGACCUUGGCACAUGCAUGUCGUAAGAAAGUUGUGCAACAGUUUGCAUCUUCAGGGUGUUACAACAAGGAGAGUGUCUGUAGUCUUCCUGUGCCUUCCAUACUACAUGAGUACCUCCUCUUCAUGGAGUACGGUACUCACAUUAGUGAAAUAGUUCAAGACUCGCUCAAGUACCUCACAAUUAAGGAACAUGCAAUCAUUCACGAAAUUCAAACAGAACAAGGAUGGGGAUAGCCAGAUGGGGGACAAAACCAUUGCAAUAUUCUAUACAAUGAAAUUCCUUGGAAAAUUAAUUUAUGAAAAAAGUGUAUGUCCAUUUUUUUUGCAUCUUCUGUAAGAAAAUAGUUUAAUAUUUAAAAUCCUUUGUAUUUAUUGUGAUUACAGAAAACAGCUUGAGCUGCUUUUACAGAAAAUGUUGUUCAAAAAGAUUGGUGGGUUAAGAUUGAGAUGUUUCAUCCAAUAUGCAAUAACAAUCAAUGGUUUUACCUGUUGUCUGCCUGUAAUUUAUACAGCCGAUGAUGUCAUGAUAAAAUGAUAUACAUUUUAACUAUUGGUAAUGUCAUGUUUUACUGAUCAAGCAUCAAUCAAAUAAUUCACUGUAUAUGUUUCUCCAAACUCUUUCAGAAUAGCAGAGGAAAAUAUAAUGAUAGAGAUUUUAGAUUUCCCCCCAGUUUUGCAGUCAUUGUGAUUGUAUUCAUUUGAAACUCUUUAGAACUAUAUGCAUAAAUUUAUGAAUAUUAAUUAUUCUUUUGGAUUGAGAGAUAAGCUUUAGUUGCCAAUUUUUUUGUUUAUGACAUUUGUAUUGAUUCCUACCCUGAAAUAAGAACCGCUUCAAACUUAGGCAGCGUGCGGUAAUAUUAAGAUAGCUGAAUAGCUUUGUAACUUUUUUACAAGUUUCAGAGAAGCAUGACUUAAAUCCACUACAUAAUGCAUUGUACAUGUAUAACAGAGGGAAGAAACCGACUGAUGGUGCUUUAUACUGCUGGUGUAAUUUUGUAAAGAAACAUAUUUCCUGUUUUGUAACUAGAAGCAAUGCAAUAAACAAUUAAAAACAAUGUUCAGGUGUCUGCAAGGUUAAAUAUGCUUUUCUCAUCAACAGGAAAAUCAAUGAAGUUUAGAACUAUCUCUUUCAUAUGAUGUAUGUUUGGAUAUGUUUAGGAUGAAUAUUAGUGCUACAUAAAUGCUUGGUACAUAUUCGUAUUCAAUAGUUGAUAUAUUUUAAUGACUAGUAUUUAUUGACCAGCUACUUGAUGUAUAUACAUGAUGUUAUAUCUGAUCUGGAGUAUUUUUAUCUUGAAUUCUUUUUUAGCUAGUUAUAUCAUGUGUGUGGUUUUUUUUGUUUUUUGUUGGGUUUUUUUCAUUUUUUUUCCAGAGCAGUUGAAUGCGUUAUGAAUACAGUAAUAAAUGAUAAUUGCACACUACAUAUAUGACUUUUGUGUACAUGUAUGACUUCAUGUAUGACUUUUGUGUACAUGUAUGACUUUUGUGUACAUGUAUAACUUUGUGUACAUGUAAGACAAUUGACUAUUGUAUGUGUACCUUUAUAUGAUUAAAUUACUAUGUAUGAGAUAUGUGACUAUCGUUAUGACAAUGAACAUAUAUGUAUGCAUGGAAUAUAAUGUCAUUUAAUUACUGGUGUGAUAGUAGUCCUGCAGAUGAAGGUGGACACAGUGAAUAUGCAUGGAUGUUGUGACCAUUGUGUAUGAAGGAGAUGGGCCUGUAUGAAUGAUGUUAACAUGUUAAUGUGUAUAUGUUGUGAAAAUAUAAACCCAGUAUCUCUCGAUACAAUGUGUUCUACUGUUUGGCUGAAGUGCUGACAUGGCCUCAUACAGUAAAACAGAGCCGGUGAUACAUUGGCUUUUGUGUUGUCGGUUGAAACGGUUGGACCCGAGAUUCAAAUAACAGGUACAAAUCUUGACUGAGGCCCACAGAAUAUUUGCCACAUGCAGAUGGAGGGAUCAGUCUGUCUGGAACUAUCAGGCUGACUAGUGAUAGUUUUCACAAUUUUUACAUAAAACAAGAUCAGUGCAUCAAAAUGAGUAAACAAAUAGUCCAUUGUUUUUUAAUAUGACCGAAACUCCCCGAGACUAUGCAUGCUGACUUUUACAUGUGUUUGCCCAUAUCAGGUAAAUACAUGUAAGUUAAGUUUAUUGGAAAUCGGUUCUAUACUACAUGAACUGUUUUAACUUGGUCACAUGAAAAUAGCCAGUGUCUGCAUUUCAAGUCAAUAUGUUUUACUGUAAGGAGCAUGUGUGAAAUAUUGUUAUAGAAGACAUUGUUUACUUUGUGAGGAAAUAAACAUUUUAUACAUGUUAUAGGAUGUGUA